GGGACCGGGGCGGCCCCUCCGCCCCACGGGCAGCAACGGGGACAGCGCUCCCCGGGGCGCGGCCGGGCUUCCCGCUGGGAUGAGAAUUCCCUGGAAUGAUCCCACGAUGAGGAUGAUCGAGAGCGUGGACUCCGUGGUGACCAGGUCCAGCGAGGACCUGUGGGCUGAGAUCUGCUCCUGUCUGCCACAUCCCGAGCAGAAGGACGCCGGCGAUGCCUUCACAGACUCCUUCAUGGAUUCCUACGCCGAGGGCGGCGGAUCGGGCGGCUCUUCCCAACCUGCCCCGAAGCCCUGGGCACCCCUGAACGACUCCGAGGUGUAUUUAGCAUCCCUAGAGAGAAGACUGAUGAGGAUCAAAGGCCUGUCCCAGGAGGUGACCUCCAAGGACAUGCUGCGCACGCUGUCCCAGGCCAAGAAGGAAUGCUGGGACAGGUUCCUGCAGGAGAAGUUUGAGGCGGAAUGUUACGUCGAGGGCCAUGAUGCUGACGAGAGCACGCUGGAGCACCUGAAGCGCUGGCUGCAGCCUGACAAAGUGGCCAUCAGCUCCGAGGAGGUGCAGUGCCUCAUCCCGCCGGAAUCGCAGCCGGAGAAGCCGGAGGCCGAGGAGGAGCCUCUGGCUGCGGAGCAGUGAGAGCCCCCAGCCGUGCCCGGGGCUGCCUCUCAUCCCAGCCCCCUGGAAGAUGUACCCAGCCAUAGGAAUAGCAGGAAGGGGGGGCACAGAGCAAAUUAUCAGUAAUUGAAAAAGUAAUUUUUAAAAGAAAGAACCCCCAACACACCAAGUUCCAGCCCUGGAGCUCUGGAGACAGCGAUGGCACUGGUAGGGACGAGAGGGAAUGCCUGUGACACAGCUGAACGAAAACCUCACCAUCUUCUCCAGCCUGCAGCCACCUCAUCGUUCCAGCCUGGAUGUGGAUUGUUUGGAAUCCAUGAGGAGACACAUUAAACAACAACAACAAAAGCAGUUGUUGAGAAGCACCAGAAAACAUCACGGUCUAGAACAGGGCAGAGAAACCACUGAAUCUUCCUGUGUUUUACCUUUCCAUUGCUCAGUUGGGCAUUUUUUUCCUCUCCUGCCAAAUCCACUUUGGUGUUUUCUUCAGAUCUUCAGUUUCAGGCUGACUUGGCCCCAAGCUGUGCCAGGAAGAAGAUGGAUAUUUUUCACCUCUGUGAAUUUGGGACCCCAAAGCUCUCAUUUCAGUCAAUAAAUUGAUGGUGUCAUUGACAUUGUAGCUAUUUCACAUUCCUCUCUGUAAUGUACCCUCUAGUAUCCCACUUUAUUGCCCAAGCUCUCUAUAAUAGACUAUUGGGAGAGUAUUUUUCUUCUUGUUGGUCAUUUUGUACCUGUUCUUUAUUCCUUCAGCCUCUCCAGAAAAAGACCGGAUGAGAUUCUCUAUUGGGAAACCAAGAGGAGUAGCCAGGGACAAACAACUUCUUUCCAUCACAGAAUUACAUAGAAUUCUCUGACUUGAAACGUAUUUAGUAUUUAAUUGUUUUUUUCACCCUGAUUAACUCUUCAAAGGGUUAUUCCCUUUUACUAAUCCAAAAAUCUGUGAUUUUUGUGCUGUUUUUUGCUGAUCUGUGUGUUCUGCCUCAGCACCAACACUGGAGGUCGGUAGAGGGAAGCAGCACAAUCUGUCAGAGCUCCUUAGGGGAAAUUGUGGUUCUAGGAGUUAAUCCACCCUGGAUUCAUACCGUGUUUGUUUAUGUAUCUGUUUGAAAAUACUUUUUUAGGAGUAAAUUCUUGCUGGAGCUUCCCAGUUUCCUGUUUCUGUACCCAAAUCGAGGCGCUGCUCUCUCAGUCACUGUGUCACAACUCUGAGGUUGUUCCCACCAUCAGCUUUCCUGAUGUAAGUCCCAGCCCAGGCUCACCUCCCAAAAAAGUCACGCUCAGAAUUCUCCAUUAAAACAGUCCCUUGUGUUUUAAACCUUGAGAAAUGGGUGAAUCAUCUUGAGUGCCAGCGAUGCACAACUCACAAGCCUUGUGUCUUGCUGGUUUGGUCAUUAAAUAUCCCCUUUAAUUUAUCCUUUAACUGUCCUUUAUUAUAUUAAAUCUAUGUCCUUGUGCAGAUCUCCCUCACCUGAUGUAACAAAGCUGUGACAAAGAUGCAGAACUGAGAUGUUCCCAGAAAUGGUUUGUGCAGAGAGAGAAAGCAGCAAUUUCUCUGUCCCCAGCCUAUUUCCCAAUCAAUAAAAUUCUUCUUAUUGGUAG